UAUGCGAACGAAUCGCGAAUAAUAGUUUAUUUUGUUAUCGCCAAACUGUUCGCAUAGUUUGUCGAUUGGAUCACGUACGUACGUCGGUGUUAGAAAUCUCAUAUAAUUCACUAAAUGUUGGAGACAAUGAAGAUUUGAAUUAUAACCAAAAGAGAAUAUUAAUUUAUAAAACUACAAGUAUUCAAUUAUUAUUUUUGAUUAUUGUUCAAAUGUGAAAUGUAAAUCAAAAUGUUUUUUUUUAAGUGUACAUAUAUUAAUGAACGUGACUACCAUAAAUAUCGGUUUUAUUGAGUGAUCAAAAGUGAAUCAAAUAAUAUAAUUUUUAUAAACAAAGUAUCACUAUGAAAAUAUUUCUUAAUUUGGGACUUAUUCUAUUUUAUGUUAUGCCGUGUAUCUUGAUGUUGAUUCAAAACCCAACUAAAAUUCAAGAUCGCGAUCACUGGUACGAAGAAGCCCGAUCCGCAUUGAAAAAACGGUUGGCUAACUUUGAGGGUAAAAUGGGAAGAGCGAAAAACGUGGUGUUUUUGGUCGGCGAUGGAAUGGGCGCGUCUACAUUGACCGCAUCGAGGAUAUUCAAAGGACAGAGACGGGGCAACAAAGGUGAAGAGGAGCAAUUGAUUUGGGAUACGUUUCCCGCUGUGGCAAUGGCAAAGAUAGUUCRCCAUUCCCUGCCUGGACACGACARAAACCUAAUGGUGCCCACUAGAAAUUUUGUCAAAUACAUAGGUGCUCCAAAAACCCACAGCCCAAAAACCCAACAGUAUCAACCAGCCUACUGUUAA